AUGCGCGGCGAGGACUGCUUCGUGCUCAUGCCCACGGGCGGUGGCAAGAGUCUAUGCUACCAGCUGCCGGCCGUGCUGAGCCCCGGCGUGACCAUUGUCGUGUCUCCGCUGUUGUCGUUGAUCCAGGACCAGGUCACGGCGCUCAUCCAGAACCCUGGUUGCGGCAUCCCAGCCGCCUUCCUCACCAGCCAGACAGCGCUGACACUCAAGAGAUCCAUCACGGCCGAGCUUCGGCGCCCAGUACCCAGUCUCAAGCUGCUGUACCUGACGCCCGAAAAGAUCGUCAAGUCUGCGGAGAUGGCCGACCUGCUGCAGACGCUGUACCGCAACAAGAUGCUGGCCAGGUUCGUCAUCGACGAGGCCCACUGCGUCAGUCAGUGGGGACAUGACUUCCGACCCGAGUACAGCCAGCUGGGCAUGCUCAAGAAGACCUUCCCGAACGUGCCGCUCAUGGCGCUCACAGCGACGGCCCCGCCCAAAGUCAUUCAAGGCGUGCAGCGCUCCCUCAAGAUCUCGAACGGACCGGUCUUCUCCAUGAGCUUCAACCGCCAGAACCUGACAUUCGAGGUGCGGGACAAGCCGCUGGGCAGCGACGUCAAGGCCAUGGAGGCGCUCUACGAGCUCAUCUCCAAGACGUACCCGCGCGAUGCCGUGGGCAUCGUCUACUGCAUGACCAAGCAGGACAGCGAGGACGUGGCCAACUACCUGUUCGACCGCGGCCUAAGCGCCGACUUCUACCACGCCGGACAGUCAGCAACGGACCGGCACAUGGUGCAAGAAGCGUGGCAGAAUGGCCAGCUCAGCAUCGUGUGCGCCACGAUCGCCUACGGCAUGGGCAUCAACAAGCCCGACGUGCGCUACGUGAUCCACUUCUCGGUAGCCAAGUCCAUCGAAGGCUACUACCAGGAGGCGGGCCGUGCGGGGCGAGACGGCAAGCCGUCGCAAUGCAUCAUCUUCUACAGCGCGCGGGACAUCUCCAAGAUGCGCAGCAUCCUCUUCAUGCCUCAGAAGGGCAUGACCAAGCAGACGCGCGCCGUGCACAUGGAGAAGCUGCGCGCCAUGGCCGAGUACUGCGAGGACGACACGACGUGCCGUCGGCAGCAGCUCAUCUCGUACUUCGGCCAGAAGUUUCAGCGCUCGGACUGCAACCGCACCUGCGACAACUGCCGACGCACGCAGCGUGCCGCGCGCAUGAACCGCUGA